CAUUAUAUCAACCCAUAUUCUAACCUUCUUUAAUUAUGGUCAAUAGAAAACAAAUAUUGUGUAGCCAUAACAGUCAAGCACAAUGUAAAAUAAGUCAUUACUUGAUCACACGCUUGACGAGAACUUCUGAAUUCGAUUUCGUAAGAAAAAAUGUCGGAUCCUUUAUUAUGGAACUGUGAUAGAGUGAAACAAUUUUUAUGUGAGAACGGGUUUCAAGAAUACCAGAAACUACUAUGUGAUGAGAACAGAAUCGACGGUCGUGUUCUUCUAACAUUGACAGAAAAGGAUUUAUUUCAACUUCAAAUAUCAGCAUUAGGCGAUGUCAAAAGACUAUUGUUUGCAAUCCAAGACCUUCAGAUCAGACAGAAUUCACGGUUACAAGAUCAAAAUUAUCAUAAUGACUGUCAAUCCUCAUCUUCUUCAGAAAGUUCCUACAUGAUAGAUAUUCUAGAUUCCUCUGACGACGAAAAACAUAACUAUAGACCAAAACGGAAAAUUAACCAAGAAAUAUGGAAGACGGGUGUCAGCAUUGUCUAUACAUUUUUUGUACAUUUUGUGACUAGUUUUGCCAUCAUAGUUGCACAAGAGCGCAUGCCUGACAAAAAGAAAUAUCGCCCAUUACCUGACGUUAUGUUAGAUAGCAUAUCUUAUGUACCGUGGGCAUAUAAAGUGACAGAGGGGGUUAUUUUAGCUGGAUUUAUUACGUAUUUUAUAAUAUUAGUGUUUCACAAAUAUAGGUUUAUAAUACUCAGAAGAAUGUUUGUCAUUGCCGCCUCCAUAUUUUUAUUUCGCAGUAUAUGUGUUGUCGUCACCUCAUUACCUAUGCCUCAAGAACAUUUUAACUGUGAAAAACUGGUAUUUAAAAACGGCUGGGAAAGAUUUUCCAGAGCACUAGAGAUUUAUUCCGGAAUGGGAAUGAAAGUCUCCGGAUUAAAAACUUGUGGAGAUUACAUGUUCAGUGGACAUACAGUCACCAUAACAACUCUCAUUCUUCUCAUAAAUGAAUAUACACCAAAAAGAUGGAUAUUACUACACACACUGGUGUGGAUUGUGGGGUUGUUUGGUAUUUUCUUCAUUUUAGCAGGACACGGACACUAUACCUUAGAUGUGAUAGUAGCAUUUUAUAUUACAUCACGGUUAUUUCAAUAUCACCACAUCCUAGCAAACAAUAAGACUUUAAUGACAAGAGAUCAGAGUAGACUUAAGAAAUGGUUCCCAGUCUUUCAUUUUUUCGAAUCAAAUUGUGAUGGAAUAGUUCCAAAUGAAUACGAGUGGCCAUUAACUAUUGUGGAAUCAGCAAUGCAACGGUGUGCAAAACUCAGGAACUAUAUAUCUUCAUUGCUUUCAAGAGAUAAACAGCUGAUCUAGUAUUUUCUAACAACGAGAUGACAUCGUUAUAUUUUGAUCGCUUUGAAUUCUCAAUUACAUUUUGAAAAUACAUUGACUCCAGCACAAAACCAAUGCAUCUAAAUCGUUUCUGUCUAUCAAUCGAUUCUAGUAUUUAGUAUAUUGUUGUUCUGAUAGUAUCAUUUGCGAAGCACUUGUGUUUGAUUUGAAAUUAAGUGGUGAAGGCAAAAGUCGAUAUUAGGGCCAUUGUUUUAAAGAAUGUGACAAGUGUUUUGUGUGUUUUCGUUUGUUGCUUAGUUAUACAAAUCUGAUAACAUUGAUGAAGUCAGAAACAGGAACUGAAAUAGUAAAACGAAAUAUGAAAGCACAUUGAGCCAACGGUAGUAUUUUGGAUUUUGGAUUUUAAUUGACAUUAUAUUUUUACACAGAACAGUAUUUGUACUGUAAUAACGCUAAUAUGAGAAUCGGAUUCAUGUUUUUUUUGUCAUAUUGAACAUCCUCCAUAACUUUAUUUUUAAAGUUUUUAUUUAUUAUUUAUUUAUGAUUUUAACGUUGUUAUACAAUUUUAUGGCAUUAUUACAUGAAUAAAUUUUAUUUUAUUUUUUA